UCAAUAAACUUAAUCCUUUCUGAUACAAAGUAAUAUGAUGAGGUCUAGUUUUCAUUAAUAUUACUCAAAUUUGACAACAUAUAAAUAGAUAAGUUGAGAACUUUCAUCAGUAUUUAAUAGAUAAGGCUGAUAAAGCUCCUGCACAUCAAACCAAGGGUUGCUGUCUUGUGGAAUAUUAUCCUCUUCACAGUUCUUAUUCAUAUUGUAUUUACUUGUUUCAUUGCACAGUAAUGCAAAAUGAACACAGUCAUUAUAAUGGGAGGAAAAGAGACCCAGUGUGGCAAUUUUUUGAUAAAGUCUUCAAUGGCUCAGCUUUUAGAGCCAAAUGCAGAAAGUGCAAACAAGAAAUGUCACCAUUGUUGGCAAAAAUGAAGACACAUAUGAUGACCUACCACCAACUACAGAUCAACAAUCCUACUCAACGAGGUAUACCAGUUCAACAUUCUUCAUCAUCUGUACAUAGCACUUCAAAUUUAAAACGAUCUUCAUCAUAUUUAGCACCUGCUAAUAGUGGUGCUCUUCUUUCUCAGUCCAAGAAAGAUCGGGUAAGAUCUAUGAAAAUUAGCAACACAGAAAAAGUGGCCUUAGAUCAAGAAAUAGCCAAUUAUUUUUAUGCUACAAAUACUCCCUUCCAAGCAAUAGAACAUGAUCAGUUUAUCAAAAUGAUCAGAAUGUUAAGACCAGGAUACAUUCCACCUAACAGGGAACAAGUUGAAGGGCCUCUCUUGGAUCAGUCAUUCAGCUCAGUGAAUCAGGUAUAUUUAAAUGAAUUUAAGGGAAAAACCGUUUGCAUGGCCAUGGAUGGAUGGAGUAAUGCUCACAAUGACCCAGUAUUAGUACUGAGUUUAUUAGUAGAUGGCAAGAUGUAUUUGAUUGAUUGUGUAGAUACAAAAGAAUCAAGAUACACAACAGACUGCUUAGUGGAAAUAGCUGAAAUCAAUGCAAAAAAAGUAAAAGAAACAUUUGGGUGCACUGUGAGAAGUUUUGUGACAGAUGAUUAUGAUGUCAAUAUGGCAGAAAUGAGAAAGAAAUUAGUAAAUGGUGAAAAUAUUUUGAUAUAUGGUUGCUCUGCACAUCUUUUAAACCUGCUCUUACAAGAGAUGCAAAUUAGAACCAUGAAGGAGGAUAUCACAGAAAUAAUCCAGUACUUCUUGAAUCAUCAUAUCCCUCGAUCACUGUAUAAAGCUGCUGGAGGGACAUUGCUGGUGAUGCCUGUAGAAACUCAGUGGAACAUAAUAGCCGACUCAAUUGAAUCUUACCUAAAAAACUGGGAGAUCCUAGUGAAAGUGUGUAAGGACAACAGCAAAGUACUUGACCAAGAAAUCAUCAGGAAGAUUAAUGAUAGGACCUUGAAAAGGACAGUAAAAGACUAUUUGGAGCGAAUGAAGCCUAUUGCUGUGGCUUUGAACUCUGUCCAGAGAGAAACUACACUCAUCAGUGAUGCUGUUGAAAUCUGGUUGAAACUGAAAGAUGAUAUAAAAGAGUAUCUAACAGAUGAAAAGGAUAUGAACAAUUUUGAAAGGAUAAUUAGUGUAGCACUGACACCUGCUCACUUUCUCUCAAAUAUGAUAGACCCAAGGUAUCAAGGCAGACGGUUGACUUCAGAGCAAAAAGAUGUUGCAGAAAUGUAUGUAUUUGUAUACUUUCCAAUGUUUCUAACAAAAUUAAUGGCAUUCCGUGGUAAAACUCAACCCUUCAAAGAUUAUUAUUUUACCAAGAAUGUUGUAGAAACUAUGUCGCCAUUAGCAUGGUGGCUUACUUUCUCCAGUGAACUGUCAGAAAAUGAACUGAACAUUCCUAAGAAACUAUUUACAGCAGUUGCAUCAUCACCAGGAGUUGAAAGAAUUUUUUCAAAUUUUGGACAUGUACAUUCCUCUAUCAGAAAUUGCCUUGGAAAGGAAAAGGCUUCCAAAUUACUUACAGUUCAUAAGUAUUAUAACAAAUGAACAUCUUUGGUUAACAGCUAUUACUUUUUGUGUAGAUUUGAUGUUCUUAAGAAUUGAAGUUUUUGUAUUAACAGAGAUCUUAUUAAGUUAUCUAUAUAUUGUACAUUAAAAUAAUAUUAUUGUGUAUAUUUGUUAUUGUUUGUUAUGUUUAUAACAAAUUAACAUCUCUGGUUAACAGCAAUUACUUUUUUGUGUAGAUUUGAUGUUUUUAAGAACUAAAGUUGUUUUGUAUUAAGAGAUCUUCUCGAAUGAUCUAUGUAUUGUACUUUAAAAUAAUAUUAUUGUAUACAUUUGUUAUUGUUUGUUAUGUUUGUAUGAUCACAGUUUCUUUUUCAUUUCUUUGUAUUUAUAAAUUAAUUAUUUUAAUAUAACAUAUCUGAUUAUGGUAUUAGACCUACAUAUGAUUCAUAUGUCAAAAGUUAAUUUAGAGUAGUGUUUCCUUUAGGGUUAAGUUCAGUACAAAUAAAAUAGCUUCAUAAGACUGAGAUAUAUAGGUGUACAGUAUAUAUAUAUAUAUAUAU